AUGGUCGAUUCAGAGAAGGGCCAAUUCUCGUUCACUUUGACACCAACGGCCCAAGACCUGCAUACCUUGGAGCCAGUGGUUCAAGAGACCAAUGCACAGUCCGACGGCGUGAUAUUCGACCAGGCUCCUCCUGAAGAUGGUCAAAACAGGCUCAACGCAGAGCGCGGGGUCGAGUGGGCCGCUUUAGAGAAGCGGGUACGAUGGAAAGUCGAUCUCCGCCUGUGUAGCAUCGGCGGGCUCUUAUGCAGUCUCAAUUUGCUAGACUCGGGCAUUUUGUCCUCAGCAUCGGUGACGACGAUGCUGGAUGAUCUUGAUCUGGGCCAGGGCAACCGGUUCUCUGUCUCCAUAUUUAUUUUCACAAUUGCCAGUGUGAUCUUUCAGCUGCCGUGCACAGUGGCAGUUCGCUUUGUCGGUCCCCGAAUCUGGUUUUCGACAAUCACAUUCACCUUUGGGCUGUUGACGCUAUGCACUGCUUUCGUGCGCAACUGGCAGCAGAUGAUUAUCCUGCGUGUGCUGCUCGGUAUCGCCAUGUCCGGUAUUUACCCGGGUCUGACCUACCUGGUUAGCGCCUGGUAUCCGCGACAAGAGCAGCAGCUUCGGUUUGCAUUCUUGCAGUCCGGGGAAGUUGUGAUUCUUGCGACUGGCAAUAUUGUCAAUUUUGGUCUCAAUCAUCUGAAUGGCGUGGCCGGGUUGGCGGGUUGGCGCUGGAUGUAUGUUGUUCAGGGUCUCAUUACUUGUGUCCUGGGUAUUAUCACCUACUGGUGGAUGGUCGACUUCCCCGAGAACGCCCAGCACAGCUUUUGCUUUCUUUCAGACCAGGAAGCGCGCCUCGCAACGCGCCGAAUUCAGGAUGAUCGAGCUGAUGUUAUCCCGGAACCGUUUUCCUGGGGCACGCUUCUUGCUAAUUUCAAGGAUCCGAAAAUCUACGGCUUUGCGAUCAUGUUCUUCUUGCUCAAUCUCAUAUCGACUGCCUUGUCGUAUUUUCUACCCAUCAUCUUACAGUCCGGUAUGGGUUUCAGCUCAAAUAAAUCCAUUCUGCUCUCCACACCGCCUUACUAUUAUGCCAUAAUUCCGGUUAUUCUCACAUCACUGGUCGGAGAUUUCUACCGCGUGCGUGGGCCGCUGAUCAUCUUCAAUGCCCUUGUCCUCAUAGCUGGGUUCCUGAUGUUCGGUAUUCCCGUAUCUACCCGGGUGGCAGUGCGUUAUAUUGGGACCUUUCUGGCGACCGGUGCUUAUAUCUCGAACUGGGCUGCCCUCAAUGCCUUCCAGGCCAACAAUAUCGUCGGCCAGUGGAAACGAGUGGCCACCGCGGCGGCGGUCACUGCGUGUAACGGACUCGGGGGUGUAGCAGGCAGCUUUAUUGUCCGCCAGCAAGAAGCCCCGCAAUACCAGACCGCAGUUUGGGUGUCAAUUGGGUCUCACAUUCUUCUCAUUGCCAUCGUCGGCGCAUUCACGAUUUACUUUUACAUUGUCAAUCGACAGCAAAAGCGAGGAUUAAAGAUUCUUGAGGGUGUAUCUGGCUUCAGAUACACUUACUGA